GGCGGCGUGUCGAGAGGAAGCGCCGGCUGCGCGGCCGCCGGCCCCUCGGCUCGCCCGCCCCCCGUCUCCUCCCCUUCACGGCCGAUCCUCCGCCCCCUCCUCCUCCCGCUGGCGGCGGCGGCGGCUUUCUCGGCCCGGCUCUCCGCUCUUCCCCGCGGCUUCGCCUCGCUCUUCAGCGGGAGGCUCCGCGCCGCGUCGGCGAAGACGGCAGUGCUGCAAGGAGCCUCUGGGAGUUCCAGGGGGAAGAGACCAGCCUCCUUUGGAGACCUUUGCUACAGGUGAAGACCUUCACACAAGUCAAGCAGAUAUAUCAGGAGCUCAGAAGUUUUACAUCAAGUGCAAGUAAUCGAAUGACUCACCAGUUAUCUAAAGCAUCAGUUCUGCAGAUCUGCUUCCAGCAGGCUUUACAAGCUGAUGAGCCUCCACUGGAACUUUGCAGUCUGCCAUUCAAAGCCUGAACAAGAGCUCGACACUGUGCUUUUUCAGAUCGCACAAAGGAAGCAAGGAGACUCCCACAUCUUUCAGCGAGAAGAAAGGAGGCAGUGGAGCAGACUAAUACAGACUUGUGUCUGGUGGCCUUGCAGUACAAAGGCUGCCUUUAAAAGAGAAGCGCAGCGUUAUUUAAUGAGCUGUGAGAUGAGGCGCUGCUGCUAACGCUCAGAUCCCUGGAUUCAUCGGCUAUUCAUUGUGCUUAAUGUACAUGUUUCUACACCGUGCGUUUAGGAGAUCCCAGAGAAGAAUCCAAAACGGCUGCGGGGGAAAGACCACCAAACAUGCCUACAGAAACACUACCGACAGGUAGCAUGGUGAAGCCGGUCAGCCCUGCCGUGACUUUCACAUCCGCCGUCCCUCUCCGCAUCCUGAACAAAGGACCUGACUAUUUUCGCAGGCAGGCGGAGCCUAACCCCAAAAGACUGAGCGCGGUGGAGAGGCUGGAAGCCGACAAGGCGAAAUACGUCAAAAGCCAGGAGGUCAUCAAUGCCAAGCAGGAGCCCGUGAAGCCAGCAGUGCUGGCGAAGCCGCCGGUCUGUCCUGCGGCCAAGCGGGCACUGGGCAGCCCCACCUUGAAGGUCUUCAGCAACAAUGCAAAGACAGAGAGCGGUGUCCAGAGAGAAAAUCUGAAGCUAGAGAUUCUGAAGAACAUCAUCAAUAGCUCUGAAGGCUCCAGCUCAGGUUCGGGGCACAAGCAUGGUCCCCGAAACUGGCCACCCCACAGAGCCGAUUCGACGGAACUGAACCGACAUUCAUUCGCUGAGUCCUUGAAGGUCUAUCCCACACAGGGCCGUAGCAGCCCCCAGGAGAGCAGCUCCAAUGUCAGUAGAAGGCUCCUAGACCAGUCUGCAGAGACUUUCUUGCAUGUCUCUCACAGCUCCUCAGACAUUAGGAAAGUAACUAGCGCAAAGCCCUUAAAAGCAAUACCUUGCAGUAGUUCAGCCCCACCUCUGCCUCCAAAACCCAAAAUUGCUGCCAUUGCCACCCUGAAGUCCCCAGAGAUUGAGGCAGUUGAGUCUGGAUGCGGAGUUAGUAGAAGACCCUCCUUACAGCGAUCAAAAUCAGACUUAAGCGACAGAUACUUUCGUGUUGACGCAGAUGUUGAACGAUUCUUUAACUACUGUGGACUGGAUCCUGAAGAGCUUGAAAACCUUGGGAUGGAAAAUUUUGCAAGGGCUAACUCUGAUAUUAUAUCCCUCAACUUUCGCAGUGCAAGCAUGAUUAGCUCAGACUGUGAACAGUCUCAGGACAGCAACAGUGACCUUAGAAAUGAUGACAGUGCCAAUGACCGUGUGCCAUACGGCAUUUCUGCUAUUGAAAGGAAUGCCAGAAUCAUCAAGUGGUUGUAUAGCAUCAAGCAAGCUAGAGAGUCACAGAAAGUGUCCCAUGUGUGAGAAAAUCCACAGGAGAAAAAGCAAGGACUGUAUCUUUGUCUGUGAAUAUUCAGUUGUGAAGGGUUGUGAAGUCUACUUGAAGUCUUGUACACUUCUCAAAUCUCUUUGUGUUGCUUGUUGUGCAAUGUUUCCAAGUUGCAUGCCUGUCAACAUGUGAACUGACCUGGCUUCCACUUGAACAAUAACCAACUGCAGAGCCUGGCUGAGCAUACACAUUAUCUGCCAAAAGUUUAAGACAAGAAUCUAAUUAGGGCUUUAGUAUAAUCAAAGUGUUUACAUGGAAAGGUUAUAUGACUUCUUUGGUAUUUAUGUGGUUCCUUGUGGGUUUUAUAUGUCACUUUUUGUCUUAAUACCGAUAUCUUCAACUGACGUUUCUAGGUUCUAAGUUGAAAUGGAAUCCCGUUUGGGGGGAGAGUGGGGGGAGGGGGAGGAGAAAAAUUGGCCACUGUAAGAGGUUUAGACAUGCAGCAGUAGUCAAAGCAACCUUAUCUCUUGUAGAAGGUGGAUUAUUGGCAGCUGUAAAGCUGUUUCUGAAAGGCAAGGAAUGCGCUGUUCUUUGCUAAAAUAUGUAUCCCUACCUGUAGUAAGGGACUGUUUAGGUUUCUGUUUCUAGAUAAGCACCCUCAGUCUCAAAGCUGAGGUGGUCUAAUGAAUCUGCUUGACCACUCAUAAACUGAGUAUUGCAUUUGCUUUGGUGUAAGCAUUUUAAUGAUUUUGUAUUACCCUGUUGGAAAAGCUUAAAGAAGGUUAGAGUCAACACACAAAAGCAUCGUAGGUGCUGGAUUUUGUGGGUUUCGUUUUUACUCUUAAGAUUCCUGGUCUUAAACUUUUGACAGGAAUGAUUAGAUCCUAUAGCUGAUAUUGAAUGCCUUUAUUAGUCAAACACAUCAUGACUACAAAGUCCAUGCUGUCUUUUAAUUUUUUUUGUAGACCUAUUUGAACAGUUAAUGAACAAAAACGGAAACACACAGCCAUAUCAAUGUAACGCCUCCUAUUCCGAAGUAAAUACACUCAGUAGCUGAACUAUAUCUGAAAAAUUGUGAUUAUGUUGUCUUGCAUAUGUUAUAUCUAAGGCUGUGAAAGUUUGUUACAGCUCUAGAAAGUGUAGAAACAUGACAGUAUGUAGCUUUAUUUUCUUUCCUCCUUAUGAUGGUUAGUGCUGCAGGUUGAACCUGUUACGACUCUUUCGACAAUCUGUAUCUUCCCAGUGGUUUAACUAACUGUCAUUUCAACUGACAGUUGUGGUGUGCUAGCAGAGGAGUUGAAAGUACAGUGGCCUGCUUCAUUAUUCUUGUAUACAUGCUUUGAAAUAAAUUGCAGCACUACCUUAUACUUCAUCAGCUAAUAGGAAACUUUUUUAUUGUGUAAAUGCUGUAAGACUUUGUAUAUACUUCAGUUGUUACGAAAUCUUUAAAAGGAAGAGUGUUAUGCUAAUAAAUAGCUCCUGGUGCAGGUAUGGUGGGUUUUGUUCAUUUUUUUUUUUAACUCCUCCCAUUCUUACACUGUAUCAGGAACUGUGUUUUAGUUCCAUUGAAGGUCUCCGUUAACUAAUGGUCCCAAUGAAAGGUUUCUUCCCAAAAGUGUUUUUCAGAACACAGUUUCUUAGAAAGUAACGGUAGCAGCAUGAUCCAUAUGCAGAACUAGAAGAAAUUUUCAGGACUAAAAAUAGCUUCCUUGCUCCUUACCUAGCAAUGUUCCUGUUCCCCUUUAUAACAUCUAUUUGUAAUGAAUCACCACGGUCUUCUGUGUUAUUCUUCAGCAGUGAUUAUUUAUAUAUUUCAAAAUUCAAGUUGCUUUGCACAAUUGGGAUCUAUAUUUUCUUUAAGAAGCCUGCAGCCCCUGUUCUGACCCAUAGCCAUAGGUAGUUAAUGGAGGCAAAACUAAAAGCAGAGCAGAACGGUCAUUUGGUGCCUAUGGUACAGCAGUGAGGCAGUGGCACAGCUGCUCAGAGAAGCUGUGGUGCCCCAUCUCUCAAGGCCAGGUUGGUUGGGGCCCUGGGCAGCCUGAGCUGGUGGACAGCCCUGCCUAUGGAACAGUGUUGAGUUGGAACUGGAUGGUGUUUGAGGACCUUUCCAACAUUAAGGCAUUCCAGGGAUUAUCCUACAUUGUUUUAUACAAUUGUUUCUCAAACAGUUGUUCACUGAGAGGAGGGCAAGGCACAUAUUCAAUUGCAGGAAGCUACUCCAUGCUUUCUGCAGUUGGCUUCACUACCUAAGACUACAGCAUUCCUACUGAGGAGAUGCAUAUUCCAGCUACAGGCACAUUUGUGACAGUUUAAGCCUCAUGAAUUUUGGUUGGCACUGACAUCACACUGGUUUUUCAAGCAUGUUCUUCCAGUAGUAAGUUCUACUCAGAUCAGUGACUACUUUGCCAAGGAAAAUAAUGCUUCAGGGAUUAAAGCCAAGUGUAAUGCAGCUGUACAGCAAUGAAAGAAGUUAAAACUGGAAUAAAAAUACACUCACAUUGUUCUCUCUUAGCAUGUUUAU